AAAGUGGUACAAAGGGCAGCAUUGGCGGUCCAUAAAGUGUCAAUGAACUUGCACAGAAUAAAAACUGAUCUUCACAUGCCAUGUCUUUCCUGUAGUACUGCGGCAAAUACAAAAACAUAGUUUGUUUUACUUGGAAUUCUGAACUCUUUGAGCGGGCGGAAAAAGUGCAAAGAUGUUGGUUAACGACUAUGACCAAUGCUAAAAUGCGUAGUGUCGCAAGUGAGCACAAGUACGGGCAACCAGACUUUUGGGAAAUCGUGGGACCCGAAGCAAGAUGUGUUAAUACUGUCAACUGGUGUAGUAUGUUUGCGUCAUGACGCUUUUUUUCCGUUUAACGCGACAUAGGAACUAUAAAUGGAAAUUAUGACCCCGAUGAUUAUUGACCCACAUACAAUUCUAGUUGAGCAAAGGUACCAGCGCUUCAGUAGUGCGUCUAGCAACAGGUUGUUGGACUAUCAGAUAUGGACCGUGUAAUAUUUUGGACCAGCUGUUUGUCGUUCGUACCCGCAUUCAGGUGUGCGUUCCCCCCGCCCUGUGACAGUGAAAUAUACUGUACAGGAGAGCUCCUGAGACAGGUCCAGAUGGCCAAACUGUUUGACGAUGACAAAUACUUUGUGGACAUGAAGCUGAAGGUAGCGCCUGGGGUGGUUCUGUCAGCAUUCUGGAAUCUGACAUCUGGAACGCCGGGCGGCACCCUGAAUCCCUCCCAAAUACGAGAGUUUCUCGCCUCUUUCUUUGAGGAGCCUGGAAAGGAGUUUGAACCGUGGACUCCGCCCGACUGGCACAACAAGCCACAGUUCCUGUCCAAAGUGUCGGAUGUGAAUCUGCGCAGCUGGGCUGAGCAGCUGCACCAGCUGUGGAAGUCUCUGGGCCGGAAGAUUCGCGCUGACGUGAGGGACCAUCCGGAGCUUUACUCCCAGAUCUACAGCCCCCACCCCGUUAUUGUUCCUGGGGGGCGCUUCCGGGAGCUCUACUACUGGGACUCAUACUGGGUGAUCAACGGCCUCCUGCUGUCUGAGAUGAGAGAAACGGCCCAGGGAAUGAUCCAGAACUUCCUCGACCUCGUUGACAGAUACGGGUUUGUCCCAAACGGAGGCCGUGUCUACUACGAGCGUCGCAGUCAGCCCCCCUUCCUCACUCUGAUGGUGGAGAGUUACUACCAGGCCACCAAAGACAAAGACUUCCUCCGUGCUGCUGUGCCCAUUCUAGAGAGAGAGUAUGGCUACUGGAUGCAGAAUCGCUCCGUAUCCGUGGAGAGGAACGGGACUGUGCAUGUUCUAAACCACUACAGUGUCCAGGUGGGACGGCCCAGACCCGAAUCAUACACAGACGAUCUGGAGCUGGCUGAGGGAUUAACGGAAGGUGCUCAGGAGAGCCUGUGGGCGGAGCUGAAAGCAGGAGCAGAGUCUGGGUGGGACUUCUCCUCGCGUUGGUUCGUCGAUGCUGAAGGUCAGAACAGCGGCUCACUGAAGGACACCAGGCCCAGCCUCGUCCUCCCCACAGACCUCAACGCCCUGCUCUGCCGCAACGAGCGCACGCUGGCCUCCUUCUACGGCAUUCUGGGUGACUCUGCGGGAGCAGAGCGCUUUGCCCAGGCCGAACAGGACCGGAUUCGGGCUGUGGGGGCUGUCCUGUGGGACCAGGAGAGGGGCAUCUGGCUGGACCACAACAUGCUGACCAACAGCAGACACCCCGCCUUCUACCCUUCCAACCUGGCGCCUUUAUGGGCCCGCUGCUUCUCCCAGCCCACCAUGGGAGACCGGGCACUCCAAUACCUGCAGGAGAGUGGGGCCCUGCAGUACCCUAAUGCCGUCCCCACGUCCCUCAACAACAGCGGGCAGCAGUGGGACCUACCGAAUGCCUGGGCCCCCCUCCAGCACAUGCUGAUUGAGGGUCUGUGGGGGCUCCCCUCAGAGAAAGCGAAGGAGGAAGCCUUCAAUCUCGCCCAGCGCUGGAUUCACACGAACUGGAAGGCCUACCUGAAAUACGACGCCAUGUUCGAGAAGUACGAUGUUACCGGUGAUGGCAAACCUGGUGGCGGUGGGGAGUAUGAGGUUCAGCUGGGGUUUGGCUGGACCAAUGGGGUGGCUCUGCAGCUCCUGGAUCAGUUUGGUGAUAGGCUAAUAUCAGACAGCGCUGCUUUAAGCUUCCGGUCUGGUGUGGUCAUCCUUUGUAGUGCCCUGCUUGCGGUUUUAUGAGAUACAGCUGAGUAUGAACGCGUGCAAAUGCAAUGGUACAAACAGACCCCUAUAGCUAACCACUUUCAAACACGAUGGCACACACACCCCUGCAGCUCCCCAGAGUAUGACCACAUUCAAAUGCAAUGGUACAAACAGACCCCUAUAGCUAACCACUUUCAAACACGAUGGCACACACACCCCUACAGCUCCCCAGAGUAUGACCACAUUCAAAUGCAAUGGUAGAAACACCCGACCAUGAACCACACUGAAACAUGAUGGUCCAUUCGCCCUCUACGGCUGACCGGAAUAUGACUGCAUUCAAAUGCGGUGGUAAAAUACUCCUCUAUAAUUGAACUGCUGCCUCUAUGAACCAUUAUGUUUGUCUCCUUCACUCAAAGUGCCUUUGGCUUAUAUGACCACUUCAUUAUUAUGGAGAAUCAUAUGUUUUUCCAAAUGGUUCAAUUUUCUGGAAUUUAAAUUUUUAUUUCUCUUUUUUUGGACAUUUAUUUUUUCUGAGCUGAUUCUUUUGUGCAAAAUGUAUGAGGAUUUAUUUCCGAGGGCUUUUGAAGAUCGACUUAAGAAUAUCCAGGGUUGAAAGAUGAAUAAAUAAAGCCAAUAAAAUAU